UUUCGACUCCGAACAGUGUCUUCAGUUUACCACACGUGCCAGUGACAUCAACGUGUCAGUUUUCGGGGAUCUUAAUCUCUCGAAAUUCAGUACGACUAAUUGAAGCUAACUUAUCAAGCCGUCCAAUUUUUCCCGCCAACAUAAAGAUCACGUGGCGCAAAAAUCAGGCGGGUCAGAUCAAUCAGGUGGGCCACACAGUUGGGAAUAACGGACAACCGACGGUCGGACUCAACGUGCUGGUGUGGCCCACUCACUCCCUCUCUUAAACCCUAGACCAGAGGAGUCCAGAGUCUUCAGACCUCUGCUUGCUGCUGCUCUUCUUCAGUUCUCUCUCUCACCUUCCCUUUCCCAACCGUUUAUUUAUUUUUUUUCUUUUUCCGUAAAACAAGUAAAAGAUGGCCGAAGGCAGUCUGCAAAUCGACUCCGUUCAAAACCCUAGAAUCGCAUGGGAAGGUUGCAGCGUCUUGCUCGACAUUAACGACGGCGAUCGCCUCGUCUUUGCUCGCCUUUCUCCUUCCUCGACUCUGAAGAUCGGGAACAAGAAGUUCUCUCUGCGCCCUUUGGUCGGUUGCUUGUUCGGCUCCUUAUUUCAAUUAGAGAAUGGACCGGAAGGGCCGUACCUAUCGCGUGUAUCAACCACUUCUUCUGAAGGUAAUCAUCGGAACGAAAUGGAUGAUUAUCAACCAAAAGACAUUACCAAAGACAAUAGACAACUUCUUGAUAAUAAUACAGCUCAAAGCCUAUCUGGUGAAGAUAUUGAUGCAAUGAGGAGAGAGGGUGCUAGUGGUGAUCAAAUAGUUGAGGCUCUUAUAGCUAACAGCUCAACAUUUGAAAAUAAGACAUUGUUUUCGCAAGAGAAAUAUAGGCUUAAAAAACAAAAGAAAUAUGCCCCCAGGGUACUCCUGAGGCGUCCUUUUGCUCGCAGUAUUUGCGAGGCAUACUUCAAGAAACACCCAGCCAGGAUCGGGUUCCUGCGAGUGGACACACUCUCUCUUCUGCUCUCUAUUGCUAAUGUUAGUUCAUACUCAGAUGUUCUUGUGGUGGAUAUGGUUGGAGGUAUUCUUACUGGUGCUGUGGCAGAACGCUUGGGAGCAGGUACAGGUUAUGUAUGCAAUACCUAUUCUGGUGAUAGACCAUAUCCCAUGGAUAUAGCAGGGAUAUUCAACUUUAGUAAUGAAAUCUGCAGCAGGAUUGUGCAGUCUCCUAUCUCUGAACUUUGUUUUGAUCAAAACAGCAGUACUGAACAAUCCUUAUCUCAUGAAAAGCCAUCAGUUAGCACCACUGAUACAUCUCUUUCUUCUGGCAAUGGAGCUUUGGAUCCUAUGGAUAUGUCUCCUUGUUCUACUAACCACUUAGAUGGCAUACAUGAUGACAACACUUACACGAUUCCCAAGAUUUGCAAAUCAACAAAACUUGGAAGAAGGGCAUCACCGGAAGCCAUAAAGAUGUGGAAAGAAAAUGGUUUUACUAGCCUAAUAAUUGCAUCUAUAGAGCUGGAUAUGUGGAGCAUAGUUCAAGAGCUUCUACCACUUCUUUCGAAUUCAGCGCCAUUUGCCAUUUAUCAUCAAUAUCUUCAGCCUCUUGCAACAUGCAUGCACAACUUACAGACUGCGAAAAUGGCAAUUGGUUUACAAAUUUCUGAACCAUGGCUACGUGAAUAUCAGGUUCUUCCAUCCAGAACGCAUCCAUUCAUGCAGAUGAGUGCAUUUGGUGGUUACAUUCUAAGCGGGAUUCGAAUAUGCAGCAAUGAAACUUUCCUUCAAAACUAGUGUAUUUGAUCCUGGGCCUCUUCUGUUGCAAUAUUUUGGUGGAAAUCUCACCAGUGGUAUUUUGGGAAUUGAUAUGUGAAGCAGAAGCCGAUUUUAGCGGAAAUGGGACAUUUCCGCCAACUCCCAAACUCUCGAAAUACCAGAUUUCCAUGGAGACGCAUUACCGUAGAAGCAUUGUGAUGCUCCCAAACCGGCCUUAACAGAAUACAAAAAUUAGUGGAGAGGGAACAAGAAAAAGUGAAAAGUCAAUCUAGAGUUACCAAAAAUAACAGACUGAAAGAAAUAUUCUUUGUUUGCUUCCGCCCUCCAUGAAGUUUCUUCUUGUCAAGGUACUGGUAGUGCGGACUAAUUUGUUCACAAAUCUAUCUAAUCAUGUAUAUGCAACUGACACCUUGCAGUCUUCUCAAAAAGGGGAUGUAAAUACUUUUGUCUACCUUAUUUAUCUCGUAGACUUUUUAUUUUUAUUUUUCAUGUGUAGUGAAUAUAUAUUAAUUAUCGAGGCUGUCUAAUUUUAUCAUAUCAUCAUCAGGACAGCUAAUUGUGUGGUGCAUGAGAAAGCUAACUUUUUCUAUGGCAACUCCCAUGCUUGAGAAUCAAUGAAUUUUAUCCUUCAUUUUAA